AUGGCUAGUCUUCCUCUCCAUGGAGGCCCUCUUGGAAUUCAGGUUCAUUCAAUGAUCCAUAAACCUUCCUACAUACCAAGUUCUUCCAGGUUUAGAGGUAUGUAUGGACAAAAUGGAUGGUUAAGGCUUCCUAUUGACCAACAGCCGACUAUGGGGAAGCUAGCAGUACAUAAUUAUCAAGCAAGUGCAACAACCAAACCGUCAUCCCAAGGUGGGAUCGGGAGAUUUGGCAUAGCAAGGAUAAUGACUGGUUUUCCAGCUGAUGAGGUGAUCGGUGGCAGUUAUUGGUGGGCAGGUGGUGGUGUUGGUGGUCACUUGAAGACUAAUCAAGAUAAGAUGCAAAAGCUUGACUUGUCCCUCAAGCUCUAA